UCUCUUCCCGAGGUGUCCAGCGCCCACCAUGCGGCCCCUGGUCCUGCUGUGGGGCUGCCUGGUGCUCCCAGGUUAUGAAGCCCUGCAGGGCCCAAAGGAGAUCAGCGGGUUUGAAGGUGACACAGUGUCCCUGCAGUGCACCUACUCGGAAGAGCUGAGGGCCUACAAGAAGUACUGGUGCCGGCAGGCCGGGUUCCUACUCCUCCGCUGCUCCGGCAUUAUCUACGCGGGAGAAGAAGGCCAGGAGACGACACAAGGCAGGGUGUCCAUCCGAGACCGCCCCCAGGAGCUAGCCCUCACCGUGACCCUGCGGAACCUCACCCUGCAGGACGCCGGGAAGUACUGGUGUGGGGUAAAAAAACUGGGCUUCGAUGAGUCUUUCCUGGUGUCUCUGUUAGUCUUUCAAGGGCCCUGUUGUCCUCCCUCCCCCACUCCCUCCUUCCAGCCUCUUGCUACAAGGAGCCCGAAGCCCAAGGCAAAAGCUUGGCAAACACAGCCCCCAGAACCGACUUCUCCUGGUCGCUACCCGACAGUCACCACAGCCAAGCAGGGGAAGACAGGGGCUCAGGCCUCUCCGGUCACAGGGACCUCCCCGUAUGGGCACGCAGGACCCUCCCUGCACACAGGAACCUCUCCUCACGCAGCGACCUCUCCUCACGCAGGGAGCUCCCGCCCAACUAUGCAGCUGGACUCCACCCGGGCAAAGGACACCAGGUCUGUUCCCAGCAGGAGCAUCUCCAAGUCCAGGGUGUCCAUCCCGCUGGUCCGCAUGUUGGCCCCGGUCCUGGUGCUGUUUGGCCUUUUGCUGGCCACGGGCCUGAUCGGCCUGGGCAGCCGCAUGCUCCGCCGGAGAAAGCAAGCCCAACUGGCCGUGGAGACACAGCGGAAUGAGAAGGUCUACCCCUCACACUUGCCGCUCGGGAAUGGCCGGGACCCAGAGGACACUGUGAUCCACCUCACAAGGCCCACUGGGCCCCUCGCCAGACCCGAGCCCUCUGCUCUCUUCUACUCGGAGAUCCAGGACCCGAGCCAGACUACGGAGGAAGAGGAACCCCCUUCCCAGGACCUCGAGGGGGACAUGAUCCCAGUGCCUCCCUUCCACAUGUCUGAGGAGGACCUGGGCUUCUCCAAGUUCAUCUCCGUGUAGCUGCAGAAGGCCCUCCUGGCUGGGCAGCCGUGGAGCUGAACAGUGGGUCCUGCAGUGGCUCCCACAAGCUCUCUGCCUUUCUCCCCACCCUCCCAUGCUGUCCUCCUGCCUGCGCCAGCCUCAGCUAGAAGCAUCUGUCAGCCCUGGAGCCCGGAGUGGUGGCCUCACAGUUCCAGCUAGAGACUGGGACUUGCCCACGUGUCCACCCCUGAGCAGCGCACACAGCUGCUGGAGCCUCCCGGGGCCGGGCAAGGCUCAGCAGGUCUGGUCCGAGCUUGUGUCUGCUCCAGGAGACCCCUGGAGCCUGGGUGCCAGCGUCAGCCCCACUGUCCUCCCUUCUCCUCUCUUCCUGGCACCUGACUCGGCACCAUGCUCCUGCACCAGCUGGGAACGAGGCGGAACGUGCUGGGGUCAGAUCGGAUUCUGGACUCUCAAAGCGUGGCUAUGAACCACCUGCAUCCCAGCCCUCAAGGGGCUGUUAAAAAUGUAAUUCCUGAUCCACCAAAGCCAUCUCUGAGGCUGGGCCCAGGACUCUGCAUUUCUAAAAAGCACCCCAGCAAUUCUUACAUUCGAGUUUGAAGACCAGCCGGCCUGAUGAAUGCUCAGACCCUUGCAGCUUAGAGUCUACAUGAGUAGGGGUGUGGGGUCCCUCGCUUGCCCCAUAUACUGUCUGCUCUGUCCACAGCACCGUGACCCGGUUGGGGGCUUCCCUGGCUCCCCCCUGAGUCCCGGCCCAGGCCAGAAGCACAAUAGAAGGGAGUGGCUGCCUUUCCAUUCCCCCUGCCCCGCCGGGCAUUCCUGUCUUUGCAAGAAUGGUGGAGGAAACCUCGGCUCCUUCCUUGUCUAGGAAGGGUCACUGCCAGUGGGUUUUGGUGGCUGGGGUGAGGGUCUAAAAGGGAGGAGGGAGGGGACAAGGCAGGAACCUGAAGGUGACCCUGA